AUGAUUUCCGCAGCAUUGACGAGGCUACGGCCUGCAAUUGCGCCAAGAAGCGUGUAUAACAGAGGCUUGUUCUCGGUCAGCAGAAGGACGUAUGCGAGCAAGACUCAGCCCAGCCCAACGUCCCAAUUCUAUCGCACUUUCACACGGCCGAUCGCAAAAACGCUUCUUAUCGCUGUAUUCGUAUAUCAGCUUGCAUACUGGUCAUGGGUGAAGCUUGAGACGGACGAGAUCCGCGCCGAACGAGAUGCGACUAUCGAGACACUAGAAACGACUAUCAAGGAGUACGAUGCUGCGACAAAGGCGAAAAAGGUUUAG